AUGGCGAGCAGCCUGCCCUCCCCCACGGGGCGCGGAGGCGCGGUCGUGAUCGCGUCCGAGGGUGGUUCUUCGUCGUCCGGCGUCGGCGGCGGCGGCAGGCGAGGCACGCCCGAUCGCGGCGGCGCGCACGGCGGAUCGCUGAACCACUCGUCGCACGCGCUGACGCAGACGGUCCAGAAGAGGCGGAGCGCGAUGACGAGGUGCAUGACCAUCUUCGCGGCGUCCCUCAUCGUGUUCGAGCUGCUCAGGCACCUGGUGUUCGUCGGGGGUAAAUUCUGCGGCGAGCUCCCGCGCGGGGCGCCCGUCGCCGUGCUCCUCGCGGGAAGCGCGCACGCGUUCAACCGGACGCACUGCGGCCUCGCCAACCGCGUUAUCGCGCCGUUCACCAGGCUCGGGCACCCCGUCGUCGUCUUCGCCGCGGACGAGAACGGCGACGACGACGCCAUGGUCCCCGCGCUCGAGCGCAUCCGGAAAGAUUACCCGAACGUCGACUUUGUCGUCGCGCCCCCGGCGGCGGCGUCGCAAAAAGACCUGCACGAUCGGUGCGUCGAGAGCGUGGAACGCAGGUUCAGGCGCAUGGGCGUCGGGCCGGGCAGCAUCUACGCCGAGUCGCACCAGACCCACGCGGUGGCGCGCGCGAGAUGGGAAGAGAGAAACCUGGACGAUUCGCGUUUGGACGACGAUGGCUCGGAUCGAUCGUCAACGUCGGGUCGAGGCGCGAGACCGAGGCUCCCCGGCCGAGACGCGCGCGCCGACGAGGACGACGCCCUCGGCGCGCAUCGCAGGCGCAUCGUGCACUACAUGCGCAGGCUCGCGGCGCGUAAGCGCGCGGACGACGCGCGCUUACGGUGGGAGAGCGGCGACGGUAGUUUUAAUUCCGGGGGGAAAACCGGUUCCGGCGUCGGCCAGGGGACUGGGACGGGGAUGGAUCGCGGAUCGCCGUUCGCGUGGAUCGUGGUCGCCCGGCCCGACGUCGCGUUCGCCGACGAGAUCCCCGCGGACCGCGCCUGCGUCCCCCCGGGCGGAAGGAGGGUGCACGUCCCGUGGUUCCACAGCCGCGGCGGCGCCAACGAUCGAUUCGCGAUGGCUCCACCGGAGGGCGCCGCGGAGUACCUCGGCCUCUACGACUCCCUCUGCGACAACCACGCGUUGGCGGCUGGGGAGGAUUACGCGGGAAUGAUCCCGCGUGGCGUGGACUCGUCCGAGAAGGUGCUGCGUUGGCACCUGCGCAGGAGACACGUCGCGACGGAUCCGUGGUUACUGUUCAAUUUCGUGUUUUAUCGCGUUCGAAGCGAAUCGAAUUUCGACGACUGGGAUCGAUCUCCCGACACCAGGCUCGCCGGGUCGCCGUUCAACCCCAGCCGCGGGCGGUGGUCCGACGCGAGCGCCGAGCUCGGGCGGUGCCCGGCGAUAUACGAGCGGUCCACGCGGGGGCACAGGAGGAGCGGAGGCAAGACGACGCAGGAGGGAUCGGAGCUGGCGAGACGCGGGGGGGACGAACGCGAGGUUGGAGGUUCGAAUCCCGCUCGGGGCGCGGGCGGGCGGAAGGGAGGGAGGUUUGGGUCGGUCGGUGGCACCGGCUGGGUCGGUAAGAUCGUCGAGCCCGGGAUGGAGGACGCUGACGCGGACGCCGACGCGGACGACGAGCCGCUCGGACCGGAGGACCUCGGGAUGACGGGCGCCGCGAAGGGCAAGUCCAAGGCUGGGCACCACGUCACGUGGCUCAUCGCGAGCACGAGCACGGAGGCGCAGACGCUCAUCCCGGAGUGGGUGCUGGGUUUUUGUCUGGUGUUUUUCGGGCUGGCGUUUACGCUCAUCGCAUCCGGGAUCGUCGCGGAGGGGUUCCGGCACUACAGGGCGUUUUACGCAAACAGGCGAGAGGAACGCGAGCGAAAGCGGGGCGACGGCGACGAGGUAUGA